AUGAAUGAAAAGCAAUUUUUAAUUGAUAAAAAGAGUGAUUCAUUGAACGGAUCAAAUGAGACAAAACAUGAAUCAUCUCGUCUGGAAUGGGCAGAAUCAUCUUGGUUUCGAUGGGGUCAUCUUUUCUGUUUUUCAUUGAUCAUUCCAGUCAUCAAAUCUGGUUACAAACGAACAUUAACUAUUGAUGACCUCGAUCAAUUACCUACUGAUGACACAGCAUUGCUUUUAAUGCAAAAAUUUUUGUGUUAUGAUUGGAAAACAACCAGCUUAUCAAUUGCAAUUAUUAAGAUAUUUUGGAAGGAACUGGCGAUAAGUGGACUUCUUCUAUCUUAUAUGCUCGCGCGUAUGGCUGUGCCGCUAAUUCUGCGUCAGAUUGUUUUGCUCAUAACUGAUCAUCAAACAUCUUCUUCACUAAGAUACGUGUACCCGGUAAUAUUUCUUCUGUGUGUGAUAUUAUCUCCAAGUUUCUUAUAA